ACACGCUCUGGUCGUGGGCCUGUUCUGUUUGUACAUCCUGUGGUACGACGACGCCGUCAACGCCAACCCAGUUUGGGGCGACCCCACCACCGUCAAACUGAAUGUGGCCAUAACCUGUGGUUACCUUCUGUACGACCUGAUGCUCUUGGCCCGGAACUGGACUACAAUGGGAGACGGCUUCUUUGUCUGCCACCACUUGGCGGCGCUGUAUGCAUAUGGAUACGUGUUGACCCGUGGCGUUCUUCCCUACUUCGCCAACUUUCGUCUCAUCUCAGAGUUGUCCACUCCGUUUGUGAACCAACGGUGGUUUUUCGAGGCGUUGAAAGUUCCACGCUCUCACCACUUGGUGGUGCUAAACGGUGUCCUGAUGUCCGUAGUCUUCUUCCUGGUGCGUAUCGCCGUCAUGCCGUCGUACUGGGCCAGCGUGUUGGUCACCUUUGGCACCCCUGAGUUUGAGCGCCUGGGGGUGGGGGCCCAGGUGGCCUGGAUCAGCUCCUGCGUGGCCCUGGACAUCCUGAACACCAUCUGGAUGUACAAGAUCACCCGGGGCUGCUACAAGGUCCUGACCAGGGCGGGGGGGCAGAAGGCCCACGUCAACAACCACAAAGACUGAACACAGGCCCUGAAGGACCCGCCCGACCACCGCCCCGACCACCGCCCCCAUCAUGUUGAGGUCAGCUGCUGGACCAGGCUAAGACUCUCAGGUUCUGAUCCCUGAUUCAGGACAGAGGGGGGCGCUCUUUGACUCAUCCACCCACCAACCUGGGUGGCUGUGGUGUUCACUCACAGAUUAAUAAUCUGCAGGGGUGGGGGGGCAUACCUCACAAGCACACGGACUCUCUCUGUCACUGGCCUGUUAUAUCACAGCCCGCUGCCCCCCCACCCCCACCUCCCCAUAUCCUGUGGAACUCACCUUCAGCCAAAGUCCAAUCCUGGGAAGUGCCUGAGUGACAGGGAAGACUGUCUCUGUGGACGAAGACUGUCUCUGUGGACGAAGACUGUCUCUGUGGACGAAGACUGACUCUCUGUGGACGAAGACUGUCUCUGUGGACGAAGACUGUGUCUGUGGACGAAGACCGCCUCUGUGGACGAAGACCCGACUCUCUGUGAGGCGGCCUCUUUUUGUUCUCCCACACUGGAGUGGAGGUGGUGGUCUCUCCCCCCCCCCAGUCUUUGUCUGUCUCUAGGGCUCUUGUCUUGACCUCAACAAAGAGACAGGAACUUCACCACGAUGCCUCUUGGACAGUAUCACCUGCUGUGGCCUCCUGCCUGUAUCACCAGCCACGUCUCCAGGAGAGAGGAGGAUUCUGGGAGAAACUCUACCUUUUCAGUAUUGGUCCUGUGGUCACCUCUCUCACAUCACC